AUGCCUCCAGAACAAGGAACUUCCAGCAGCCCCCCAACUGCCUUCAGUCCACCUGACCUGGAUACUUCCACAGCAGGGAAGUCCACAGCAGGCCCCCAAACUACUUUCAGUCACCAGCCUGGACCUGCCUCCAAAACAAGAACUCCAGCAGCAAUGCCUUCAGUCCACCUGAACCUGGUGGGUUCCACAGCAGGGAAGUCACAGCAGCCCCAAAAUACUUUCAGUUCCACCAGCCUUGGAUGCCCCCCCCCUCCAGAACAAGGCCCACCUUCCAGCAGCCCCAUGCCUCAGGUUCCACCUUACCCUGGAUGCUUCCACAGCAGGGAAGUCACAGCAGCCCCCAAACUACUUUCAGUCCACCAGCCUUGGAUGCCUCCAGAACAAGGAACUUCCAGCAGCCCCCCAACUGCCUUCAGUCCACCUGACCUGGAUACUUCCACAGCAGGGAAGCCACAGCAGCCCCCAAACUACUUUCAGUCCACCAGCCCCUGGAUGCCUCCAGAACAGAACUUCCAGCAGCCCCCAACUCCCCUCCAAGUCCACCUGACCUGGAUACUUCCACAGCCGGGAAGUCAAGCAGCCCCCAAACUACUUCAGUCCACAAGCCCCCCUUGGAAUGCCUCCAGAAACAAGGAAAUUCCAGCAGCCCCCCAACUCCUUCAUCCACCUGACCUUGGAUAA